CGCUCUCCCAUUGGUGCAUUUUCCACCGGAAGCGCGCCGACCAGGUGGUUCAGACAUGGCAGAAGCACUUCGCGAGCACGUCGCAGGAUCGCAAGUUACCACUGUUGUACCUCGCGAACGACAUUCUGCAGAACAGCCGGAAGAAGGGCCCAGAGUUCAUCCAGGAGUUCUGGCAGGUGCUGCCCUCCGCGCUCCAGGACCUCGUGCGCGUCGGCCCCGACAGCACGCGGAAAUCGACCCUCCGCAUCGUGGACAUAUGGGAGGAGCGCAAGGUGUUUGGGCAGCGCGACGAGCCGCUGAGGAAGCUGCUGCUGGGGGAUCUCGCAACCGCGCCGCCCGCCACGUCAGCCGCUCAGGCGGACGAGCAGCCAGCCGCGGGAGCCGCUUCCACGGCCAAGGUGCGCGGGCCACUGGAGCGCAUAUCCUCAGUGUACGGCGCAGUGCAGGACGCAAGCAAGGACGAGGACACGGCAGUGCGGCGCUGCAGUGCCAUAAUCAACGAGCUGCAGACUAUUGAGAAGGAGCUCACUGCCCUCAAGGCGCCUGCCAACGCUUCAGAGGCGGAUGAGCCGGCGGUGGUGUUAGACAGGCUGGAUACAAAACGCCACGUGCUCCAGCAGUGCUGUGCUGGCUGCUUCCGUCUCCCACUUGUCUCAUUUCUCUCCCAUCACUUCCCUCCUUUCCUUGACGGACGAGCGGGCGGUG